CGUCGUGCACUCUGGUGUCCAUUAUUGAUGACACCCCACAACCACAACAACGACGACGACAACGACGACGAUGGUGCAUGUGGACAUGCUGCUGCAUGGUGUACUGGACAGUGCAGAUGUGCUGACCCACCUUGCGCCGUGGUUCUAUGCGCUGUCGCGGAUCAUCUUUGCCGAUGCGAUUCGGGAGGACAGCGCCCAUGUGCGUGUGGUGCUGAAGGCAGAUGCACCGGUCCAGUCGUUCCUGCAGUACUACAGGGACUUUUCCGCCUCCUCGCUGGUGAACGGACCAUGUACCGUCACCAUCGGCGCAGUCACCGGCGCCCCAGCACACCAACAACCACAGCAGCACAGGCAGCAAUCAGCAAAGGAUUCGCGCGAGAGGGAACCAAAGCGGCCCACGCCACUGCGAGCGGGCAGCAAAGCACAGGCUGGUGGCACUGAGGGAGCAGGUAUGCGGCACACGCAGGAGUCGCAACAUCAAGAACAGCCUGACAUGGAGCACGUGCGCGUUCCAAGCGCUGAAGCGCUGGCUCACACACCACACCCCCAUCAGAAACAACAGCAGCCACAGACACAGCAACGACGCACGUGGGGCAGUGGAGGAGGAGGAGGAGGAGGAGGAGGAGACGGCCUUGUUAUUGAUCAGCAGCAUCGCCUGCUGCAGCGCGAGUCUCCGUUUGCGCCCGGGGCGGAGCGGUGCCCCAUCUGCUUGGAGCUGCUGUGGGAUGACCGGCAAUGUGUGGCCACCACGUUUUGCGAGCACAGCUUCCAUGCAGAAUGCCUGCGCAAGUACGUGGAUGCCACUUGCCCCGUGUGUCGCAAGACACAAGUCAUGUUUGACGAUCAGCCCCGAUGCCUCCAGUGCCACGCAACCAAGAACUUAUGGAUGUGCCUCAACUGCGGGUUUGUCGGCUGUGGCCGGCGCCAGUGGGAUGGCGCUGAUCCCAACGCCGCAGCGCAGUCAAGACAACACGCGCUCGAGCAUUAUCUCCAGACUUCGCACGCACUCGUACGACAACUGGACACCGGUCGAGUGUGGGACUACAAGCAAGACUCCUACGUUGGCUCGACAGACGCUGUUCAGUCCAGCGAGGCUGCCGAUGUCGUCGAUCCCCGCGCCGCCGAGAAACAGGAGUCCCUCCAGCUCGAGUAUUCACUGCUGAUUGCACAGCAGUUGGAGGAGCAACGCGCUCUGCUGCAACAGCGACUUGGCGACACCCAACGGAUGGUUGACGAACAGCUUGGGUCACUGCGGCGGCGCGUUGAGUCGCUGCAGAAGGAGCACGACGAAACCGUGUCAUCUCUGUCCGCCACAACAGCCACUCUCAAGGCACACGCAGAACGAAAGUCAAAGCUACAGCGCGACAUUGAACGCGUGCGAGCAAUGCAGCGGGAAGAAGAGGAGUUUCUAUCCUCUCUGCGCACGGCGCUGGAACCAAGAGCCACCGCCGUUCAAAGUCCAUCUGAUCGCGCAAAGCAGACAAAGAGACGCCAGCUUGAGGCGACAUUGGCGCGAUUGGCUGCACAGCGCGAUGAACUCAUGCAGAAGCUGACCUGAAGUGAAGUGAUGUGAUGUGAUGUGAUGCGGCUUGCUCCGGCGCAACGGUACAUGCUGUCGACACCAAUGCCACAGUGCCACACACAUGUUACAUGUCGUUACGACACAUGCAUGCUUGUCAUGAUGCGAGGUGUGCCACCUGUUCCUUUCGUUAGAUUAUCACUUGACUGUGCAGGGAGUGUGUGCUGCUGUUAUUCUGUGUUCCCCCUUGUUGUUGCGCUUCAUCCCUAUUUCCUGAUUGCCUGUACGCAUUGCAUUGCAAUUCAAUGCAAUGCGUGUUAUUGCUGGUUGUAUGGCAUUGCGUGCGCGUGUCGAAGUUGCUUGUACAGAGCAGAGCAUCUCAGCCUUGAUGCGGGUUACACGUAAAACCAUACACACACGCGCGCGCGCGCAAACCAAGC